CAAAAUCGCUUGUUGGAGGCCAUCUCCCAGACGACCAUGGACUAGUUGCCUUCGGAAGGCGAAUUUCGAAGACUGUUUACUAGUAUUAGCUUUGUCAGGCGUCCAGAUUCUGCCUGCUUCACCAUUGUUACUAGGCAUCCAACUUUAUCGUAUCUGUCUUCUAUCCUGUUCCAAGAUAUUUAACCCUCUUUUGUGCCAUGGGUUCAUUCUCCUCCAGGAUUCUUCCAAAGUGGACUCUAAACAAACCCAGUGGGGAUUCUAAUCGGCCACAUCCGAAUGAAGACGUCACGCUUCGUAAUGCACACGAAAGCCACCUCCAUCAAUUGCCUGCGGAGCUCAUCUUUAUGAUCGACAGCUACCUGCGGGACAUUUCCAGACAUGGUCCAAAUGUCUCCAAAAUGGCAUUACGAGCAACUUGCCGACGUUUUCACACCAUCUUACCAGCUGGACCACAUCCGAACGCACCUUGGGGCGAAUUGGAUCGUCGAUCUUACUCGCAAUUAAUCAGCCUCGCCAGGUUCCGAGACCUUUGCGAGCGGGAAAGAGGUGGGCUCUUAAACCCUAACCAUCUUGUGUGUUGUAUAUGUCGGAGGAGUCGCGAAAGUUGGUGUUUCACCCCAGUGGAGCAGAAGAAGGACCCCGAACAAAGGACCUGCAUUGGCGCCCAGGGAGUUCUGGAAAUAUGUCCACAUCUCCGACUCACCUACAUGGGAUUUAGACUCGGACCAAUCGAGAUUUCCUGCAACCGAAAGCAUUACUCCAUCGAAGGAUUCGAAGGCACGGUUAAAGUGUCUCAGAUUGGAGAGAUACCCAACAGGGAGAUCAAAGUGGAAGUCGAACUUAUUCUUCUCGAAAUCUACAAAGGCCAGGAACUCACUCGCGAGAAGGUCCUGGAUGCUGUCAAAAAGUCGAAUUGGAAAAUAUGCCCGCAUAUGCAUACCUACGGUGCUGAAAUCUGGCUCUCCCUGUUCGCGGAAUAUCUUCAGGGCCAUGGGAAACUCUUCUCUGGCAAAAAACUCUGCUCGGUUCGCUGUGGUUUUGGAAGGUGGUGCUGGGAGAACGGUAGACUAUGGCCUUUGCAUAAGUGUGGGGUCUUAGACUGUGAUACUAGGGUUGUCCUGUUUAAAGAUAGGAGAAAGAGCAGGAAAAAUGUGAAUAGAGAGUUUUUGGUGAUGAGGAUAGACAGGUAUUUGGGAAAGAUGGAAAGUGCGGAUGAUAGGAGGUGGAUGUCGCAAAUUGAGGAAGCGAGUAAAUUGGAUGAGGAUAGGUUUAGGGAUAGUAUGAGACACUGACUCAGAGUGGGAGCGGCCAUGCGGCAAGGGCAUCGAUUGUAAAUCUUCCGCCUCCAAUACUUGGAGUUUUGAUGUUUGGCAUUCACCCUCGGCUGAUAGUGCCUUGGCCAAGGCCUAGCUGCCUGUGCCACACAAUGUGGCUGGUG